AUGGGCCCGAACAAGAGGGAGGCGGCAAUGCAGAAGAAGCUGGACGCACUCACGCAAGAGCUCACGGCGCUCAAGGGGGGCGGCAAGGUCGGCAAGUAUGAGAAGGCGGACGGAGAGAAGGUUGCACCGCAGGUCGACCUUGCGAGGUUCCACAAGUGGGCGCAGGCGUGCAAGAGUGAGCGGGGCGAGGACUCGGAGGAGUACAACGCAGCGUAUGCUAAGUACCAGGCGGCCAGGGCUGAGAAGGACAAUGCCAAGCCGCCUUCUGCGCAGCUCACGCAGGCAAAGGACCAGAAGCUGGAAGAGGCGCGUGCCAAACACGAGAAGAAGAAGGAGCAGCUGCAGGUUGCGAGGGCCAGGGGGCAGGAGCUCAAGGUGCAGGACUGCGGUGUGCGUGAGUCGCCUGAGUUCCUCACGGCCAUGCAGAAGCAGUUCGAAGGCGCGAUCGACGGCAGCGGAGUCACGAAGGAGGAGUACCAGCAGGUCUUCGACCUGCUCGGCAAGGUCAUGGCCAACGCGAAGCAGGAGGACGCAGGGGCGCUGGAGCACCAGGAGCACCAGGAGAAGCAGAUGGGCGCGCACAGCCUGAGGAUACAUAACUACCAGAACUCACUGCUGAAGAGCAGGAAUGGCUCAAGGCAGGCGGAGUACCUGAUGAAGCCACACCCGAUCAGCGGAAGCGGUGGCAGGAGGUGUGCGCCAGCUUUGCUGAGCAAGCGGCCAAGAGACAGCGACGAGGGUAGUAGGCGCAGCAGGAAGCCCAAGCACGAUACGGUCACCCUGUGGACGUAUAAUGGCACGGGCUGGGGCACCACCAAGGACAAGAUCACAGAGGAGAUGCAGGGUUUGCAGUGCUACGCAGUGCAGGAGCAUCACCUGAACACGGACAAAUUAGCGGUGGUAACGCAGAGCAUGAAGGCCGAGGGCCACUUCAUGGGAGGCGCGGCGACAGUGGCCACAGAGGGACCCAACGGCGAGCCAGGCACAUCGGCUGGAGUUGCGGCCGCGGUGCCGAAGUGCAUCGGGAUGAGCUACGUGUUUGGCAAGAACGAAUGGAGCAUUUCCCCGCAGGCUAGCCCAGGCAGGGCGGCAGCGGCUUGGCUCUCAGUGGGCAAAGGGAUAGCGCUCGCUUCCGUGUACCUGUGGACGGCGGGGGGCAUGGCGCACAGGCAAGCCUACGGCAACAGCGAGAUCGACUACCUCGCGGUGGCGGACACGGUGGUCGCGCAGGUGGAGGGCGUCGCAGUGCAGGAGACGUGGCCAGCGGCACCACAUGAGCCAGUCGGGCCCACGCUCAAAUUGAAGGCGGAGCAGCUCAGGGCGAGGGUGCUCGAGAAGCCGAAGGCGAUGCCAGAGGUGCCGAUCGGGCGCGUGCCCAAGCCUCCGAGCUACGCGGACGUAAAGGAGUUCAGCGCGCAGGCACGCGGCAUGGAGUGGGAUGCGGACGACCCGCAUGCGGGCAGGGCGGAAGAGCCCAGGUGGCGAGUUCAGCUUCUGACCUUCGGGGGCGCGAACGCACCGACAGCGGCAAGGGCAGCGGCCUGGUGGAGAUGGGCCGCGCGGGCCCUGCGCAGCUUGCAGGGCGCGUACCAGCGGCGGCGGAAGGCAAACGAGAUGGACCCUGACAAGCUCCAGAAGCGAGAGCGCGAGGUCUACGGCACGGGGAAGCUCGUCCAGGCGCGCCCCCACCGCGUGAAGUACAUUGGGGUCGCGGACCAGGGCAUAUGGCAGGCCAGGUGCGACAUGAUCGUCGCGGGCCAGCUGAGGGGCGUCAGCAGGGAAGCGACCGCCCAGGCGUGGGCGCAGGAAGCAGAGAGCAGGAUGAAGGCAGUCGACCAGCAGCUCCACAGGGACAGGAAGGCCAAGUGGGGCGACAAGCUGGGGAUCGCUGCGGCAGGAGCGGCAGGAGGGCUUCACAAGAUGAGCAAGGCAGCUACGGUGUGGGGGCCUCGGAGGGCAUAUGCGAUGGCGAUAGCGGCGGACCCUAUGGGGGCGGCGGAGCUCACCCUGGCCGAGUGGAAGGACGUCUGGCGGGUAGGCGAGGCGUUUCAGGCGCACCACAGGCUGCUGGACACAACGCGGGAGGUGGAGCGCACGCUGAGGUGGCCGAUUCACAUGGGCACGGCGCUGUUUUUCACUAUCCCGAAGACGUUUACCCCUGAUAGGGUCAUUGGGCUGUUACCCACCACCAUACGCCUAUGGGAGACCACGCGGGAGCCGUACAUGGUCAGGUGGGCAAAGGAGAAUCAGAGGAGUUGGGAUUGUACCUGCUUCGGCAAGGCGGCGGAGGACGCAGCAUGGGACGUGCUGCUGAGCCGCGAGAUGGACGACCCAGAGGACGAGAGCGAGGCUUUCGAGCGGGUAAGUUUGUAUGUCGCAUGGGUUGCGGGCAAGCAGAUGAACUUCAACACGGGCGUGCUGGCGGUGGUGUGCUCGUACUUCGCGAUGGCGCGGAGGUUGAUUGUCGGGGAGUCCGUCUCUAGUGCCACCAGCACGGUGGGCACGAUCGUAGCAGGCAGCAAGUUCCCGGUGUGCUUCCUGAAGUUGGUCAUCCAGUCGGCAUUGGACGGCCUCGUGGCAGAAAGGCCGCGGGCAAAAUGGCGCAUGCACGCGGGUGAUCGUCGCGCGCGGCUUCGCCAGCAGCAGAGGUGCAUCGUGAAGGACUUCAGCGACACAAUUGAUGCUUACUUCGAGGGCUUCGACAAACUGGGCCUGAAAUGCUCGGUAGGAGCUCAGGGCAAAGGAGCCGUCAUGGCCAGUGCCAAGUGGGUGCGCAAGGCGGCGGCGAAGGCGAUGAGCGCGCGUGGGCUGCCUGUGGUGCGUGCAUGCCCGCAUUUGGGCGUCGAUCGCAUCGCGCGCGGCACAGCGACGAAGGCCAAGAACGGCAAGCGAUGCAAGACUUUGCUGGGCAGGAGCAAGCGGCUCGCGAACCUCCAGGGCGGCGGCCGCAAAAUGGCGAAGGGCGCGGCGUUGGUCUUCAAGUGCGGCUUCAAGCGCUCGGUGAUGCAUGGGUGCGAGUGUUUGGGCAUGCCAGACCACCAGUUACGACGGCUGCGGCGAGAAGCGGGGCGAGCAUUGCCAGGAGGGCGUGGAGCCAAAAGCCUCACGCUGCAGCUGGCGCUGGCGAAUGAGGGGCCCACCUACGAGGCUACGGAGGCACCCAUUGCCCGCUGGGCGCGGGCAGCAUGGGAGACAUCGUCAAGGGCUGGGCGGUCAGAAGCAGACCCCGAGCUAGACUUGGGUUCCACAGCGCCACGUGCUGGACGAGCAGGAGUAAAUCCAGGGCACGACGCAGGUUCCACGUCGCCACGUGCGGGGCGGUCAGGGACAAGCCUCGAGCACGCCUUGGACGACGCGGUGGAUCUGCCGACGAAGGCGUGGAGGCGCCAGCAGCAAGAGGUGGGCAUGAAGCCCGCGUGGGCCAGGGUGCGAGGGCCCGCGGGGGCGGUGAGCAUGUCGCCCAAGCGGGCGCAGUGGACUUGGCCAGCUUGGCAUGCGGUCAGCACCAAGGACGGUUACGAGCUGGACAUGAGGAAGGUGUGCCCCGUGGACGUGGUGGCGAUGCUGAGGAAGGACGCACAGCUGAAACUGUGGCAGGAUUGGACGGCCGCGGACAAGUAUGCGAGUCCACGGCCAGCACCGAUGGUGGCCCCAGCGGUCGCCCAGCUGAAGGCGCGGGGCUUCCCUAAGCACGCCAAGAACGCGGCGAGGAAGGCUUUCAUCGGCGGGAACUGGUCCAUGAGCAAGCUAUGUGCGAGCAAAGUCGCGCCGACGGACAUCUGCUUGGCGUGCGGGGGGGCGGUGGGCACCCCGCAUCACAGGUAUUUCAAGUGCCAGGCCUUGAGGGCGCAGGGGCUGAAGGCGCAGCCUGAGUGGCAGACGGUAGCUGAGCAGCAGGAGGACAGCUUGCUCUGGACGCGGGGGCUGGUGAGGCACCCAGAGGCGGACUGGAAGUUUGAGGGCGUCGAUGAAGGCCAGGUCAUGUGCCAGGUCGUGGAGGGUGACGAAGACUACUUCACAGGUGACAUCGCGCGCGACGGGUCCAAGCUCGUGCACAGCGAGUGGGCGCAGACGGGCUGGGCCGCCAUGUCGAUCAACGAGAGCGGGGGGCCGAAGUGCCAGAUGUGGGGGCCACUGCCGUGCACGCUCCCAGCGCACAGGACGAUCAAGCGCGCGGAGACGCGGGCCUUCUACAUGGUGCUGGAGCAGAAGCUCGGCGAAGGCAACAUCUACACGGACCACGAGGGCAUCAUCGAGGGCUUGCAAAAGGGCGAGCGCUGGUGCAUCGGCUGGAAGCGGCCACACGCGGACAUCUGGAAGCGCAUCUGGCACAAUAUACGGGAUCUCGACCUGGAUAUGAACGGGGUGAUCCAUGUCACGGCGCACAGGUCCAUGGCGAAGAUCGAGCAGCUCACGGGCACGGAGCUCAAGAUCGCGAAGGGCAACGCGGAGGUCGACCUACUAGCCAAGGCGGGGGCCGAAACGGACGCGAAUUAUGGGAAGCACCAGGCGGUGGAGGCGCUCGCUGGCCGUGUACGCUGGGGGGUGCAGAAUAUUGGCUGGUGGCAUCAGCAGAUGGAGGGGGAGUGGCCAGACGUGCCGAAGCGUGAACGUGGGCGACCACUACGCCGUCGGCCGAAGCCACAGAUCGCCCUGACGCGGCACGAGGUGAAGGAGUUCGGCGGCUGGAUGUGGUGCGUGCGUUGCGGCAGGCGCGCGGCUACACAGCGAAUGAGGAGGAAGCUCUGGGAGGCGGACUGCCAGCCGCCGCCGUGGACCACAGCGGGCGCGCACAAGUCUGGCAUGGUUGGUUCCUUGGAGGCGAGCGUCGCGGUGGUUAUGGCCGCGUCGGCAGCAGCUCAGGCAGUAGCGCAGCCAGCAGGAGUACAACCAAGGCGGGCACCAGCAGUGCCAGCGCAGGUAGGCGGCCUGCGACAGCACAGAGUGGAAGUGCAUGGGCCGUAUGUUGCGUGCAUCGAGUGCGGUGCGUACUCGGCGCGGAGGCGGGCAGGCCUGGGGCCCGCGUGCACGGGGCCGCUAGCCAGGAAGGGCCUCAGUGCUAAGGACGACGCCAAGCGGAAGAAAAGGAACCGGAUCCUGGCGCACAAGAACCCGCAGACGGGGAAGCCGCUGGACCAUGAGCUCCAGCUACCAGUGCGACGUGGGUUGGGUAAGCACUACGUGGGGAUCUAU